UUUAUAUUUGUAUUGUUAUAUAGUUAAUUUUAACAGGGCCAAUAGUGCCUAGGCAUAGGCCCUGUACUACUGUAUUGUACGACUUAUUAUUAUGAAAUAAAGAAAACAUGAAAAAAAAGUAAAUUACGAGGGGGAUAUACAGGGCUUACAGUCGCGAAAAUAUGACUCAUCAAAGUCAGUUAGAAUUUGACCAUUGGUAUCAGAGGGUAAAAGAAGAGGGGAAAUUUAACUACACCAAAGGUCUAGCCUUCUAUUGUAAGCAAGACGUAAGGAUAUUAGCUCAGAGUUUCAUGAAAUAUAGGAAUAUGGUACUUUACGCGACAUCUGGCUUGGUCAAUGCAGGAAUAGAUCCAUUGAGUUAUUUAACAAAUGCUCAAAUGUUUCUUGCUAUUUUCAGAUCAAAUUUUCUGAGAGAAUAUCACACGUGUACAUUGAAAAAUCUAUCAACUCGAGUUGAAACAACAAACAGCUCACGGUCGUAUUAA